GCCAGGUUACCAGCCGUCUUUCCCUCCACUCUCUUCCUCUUACGACGCGCACGUCGUUCAUUACUGUGCUUCCCAAGAGGACGGCGAGACGAGCUUGCUCAACACGCCGGGAUUGGGAUAGGGGGACAGCACGUCUCUGCGCACGUCGCGUGCUGGGAACUGGCCACCAUGAACUCGCAACUAGACACGAGUGUUGUGGCUUAUAUCGUUCCGUUCACCAUGAUGAUUUACGACUUCCUCCUCACGUUCUCCCUCGAAUACGACCGCGUCUGGACGAAACGCGAACGCGCCCUCUCGCUCGUACACGUCCUCUUCUUCAUGAACCGUUACCUUUCUAUCAUUGUCCGCGUUCCGAUGGUCAUCGCCUCGUCUUGGCCUGGGACACCUUUAACCGCACACGUGAGGUGUAUUGAUCUUCGGACGUAUAACCAACUGAGUGUAGCGGUGAUGCAGGCGGUGAUCGGAGUACUGAUGAUCCUUCGGGUGUAUGCGUUGUACCAAAGAGAUAGACGCGUUCUGUACAGUCUCUUGGUGGUCGUGGCCUUCGCGGUUGGAAUAUCUGUCUGGGGCCUCAACUCCCAGCACAGACCCGUGAUACAGGAGGCCGUUGGAGCCAAUGGGGGAUGUGCUGUAGUUUUGUCGGACGCUCAAGCUAUACGCCUUAUGGCUGCCUGGUGCGGGAGUGUAUUUGCAGACGUUGUAUUCUUUGUUUUCGUCUUGUGGAAGGCGCUUCGCGUUAGGGGUCGGCACCGUUCGUUGAUGAACAUUCUGAUUCGCGAUGGCGCCAUGUACUUCUUAUGUAUUACUUUAGUCAAUAUUACUAACAUCAUGCUCUUAUUGCUAUCCCCCCCCGAAAUAAAAGGAAUUUCGGGAGAGUUUGUCAAUGCGAUCUCGUCCAUCCUAAUGACUCGACUGGUGCUUAACCUGCGAAGCCCGAAAUUGGUUGCAUCUACAGCGAGGACUGCGACCAAUGGUACGGCGGAGGACGAAACACCAGUGGUCACGACGAUCACGGGGUCGUCUUUGUUCCUCGAAACUGAAUGUAACCCAACGGAUGAGGAGAUAUGUUUGACACCGAGGUAUAGCGGGAAGUUUAGCGAUGGAAGAUAUAGCGAUGGAAGGUGUAGACCGCAUAGUUAAUAACAUAGCACAGUCCGGCUGCGGACCGAUGUGCUCAUCGCCUAGUCAUGGUGCCUGUGGGCUAGUGGCGUUCCACCAAACACGGUCGAAAGUUUAGGCGCAUGCGGCGCACGCGAUGCCGCAAUUGCUGCAACGACCUGCUAUGCGCAAGGGGCAUUACUGAAGGAGGUUUGACUGACCCGUGUCUGGUGUCAGGUUCUCUGCCUACACCAUUGGGCCAUCCUGUAUCAACCCUUCAAGAGCUCUCGCUGGUUGCGUACGCCAAGUUAGCUCUUACAUAGAUAUUCUUCAUUCCGUGCCUUACUAUAUCAAUCUUAACGCUAGUCAUAACGUUAUGCAUAUAAUAGUACACACAGCUUCAGCACGUAACCAAGUGCUAAUAUUUG